AUGUCUAUUAUUGCGUGGAUUUUUUUUCUGCUGCUGGCAGUUACAUUAGCGGCCAUCCAGCAUAGUAAACCAUUCCUGCAGCGUCUCAUUGAAGAUGGGUUUGUUACGGCGGACAUUAAUGUGGUGUACCUAAUUGCCGGUAACGACGCAGAUAGAGAGAUUUUCCGUGGCAGCUAUCCGCGUGUUCUUAUUCCUCCUUUAGAGGAUCAAUCGAAGAAGAUGAAAAGCAAGAACCCUUUUGUCAUAAUUGCUGCCCAAUCCUUGGUAGUGAUCGACGCACGCAAAGAACCGUUGGAAGAGAGACGCUGUUUGAUAUACUUGCUAAAGGAGAUACAUCGUAUCCACAAUCCCGGAAGUAACAAAUUUGUGCUGUUGGUUGAUCGCGCAUUCCUCGCGAAGUCGGGUCCAUCUGCGCUGCAGUACCUACAGGAGGGGCUAAUCAAUAUGGGUGUUGGUUACACAGUGAUACUAUCCUACGAUCAGGUCAACUCCUCCAAAGACCCGGUGCAGAUGACACGGAUCAGUUUCGGGCAUAAAAUCACCACUGGUGUAACGCGCUCGAUUAAGUUCCGAUACCUGUUCCGGCUGGACAUACGUUCAUUGGAUGGAUUGCGCGUGUCCGGAGUGUUGUACAACUUUUUCCCCUUUAGCUAUAUUACGCCGAGGGGAUACUGGACCGGUACAGAUUUCCAGAUCUGGAACGUGAUGGCAAUGCAGUUGCGAUUGCGUCUAAAGUUUAUCCAUGCCAAACCGGGUUCGAUCUACAUUGGUGGAGCAUAUUCACCAGCCAUGAGGAACAUGUCUGUUGACUUUAUAGCUUCGCGGGAUGUUUUUGUAAUCGAUGGCGCGCAGAAGCUGCUUCUCGCCUCGCGUGAUUACUUCAGCCUGAUUGUGCCGAAACCCUUGACGCUGAAUCUUAUGGAUGCGCUGCUGCAACCAUUUAGACAGGAAGUUUGGCUGGCGGUGGGAGUUCUGGUUGGGAUUCGUGUACUCAUCGCUCAUCUUCAGCAUGUUGUGACGCUGCUGGACAAGUAUGGGAUGACACACAAUCGUUGGAACCACAUUCUCACGAAUUAUUUCCCAUGGUGCGGAUGGAUAAAACUAGCGUGGAAUGUUCUGACGUUCCUGCUUAUUGAGGCAUAUCUGGCGCAAGUCACUUCGCUCCUGCUGACCUUACGUUAUGUCGAAGGUCCGAAAACGUUGGACCAAUUCCUAGCAUCAAACAUUCUAAUUGUGGCACCAUCGGUGCAGACUCACUCACUGGUGCAUUUAGAUUCGGUACGAAAGGCUCAGUUGAUAACACGCUUCGUCAAACGCACCCAGAAAGAACUGUCCCGACCAGAGCUGGCCGACGCGUACGUCGAGCUCCGUAGUCGUGUAAUGUUCCUAACGUACGGGACGGAACCGGUCGAUCAGGCCACGGGUAGGCGGAACUAUUACAUACUGAACGAACCGCUGGCGGAUGUGCGGUUUCAGUACAGCUUCGCAAAACGAACCGCCUUCAUGAUGGUGGCCGAACGUUGUUUUCUGUGGUACGAGGAGAACGGAUUGCGGAUGCAAAUCGAUCACUCGUUCGAACGAUGGGCAAAGAUCAUGCACAUCCGCAAGCAGCACGGUAUCAAUGGGACCGUGUUAGGCUUUUCCGACCUGAAUUCGUUGUGGAUUUGCACGGUGGUUGGUUGGUGCGUAAGUGGAUUGGUGUUUCUUAUUGAACGUGUAUUGCACUCACGGGUUCGUAAUCGACGUGUAAGGAGGAAAUUUUUAAAUUAA